GAGAUGUUUCUAACGAUCCACCAACGUCUGAGCAAAUUGGAUUGUUUUCUCAGUGAUUCUGGUGGAAAAAGUCGACAACUUUAGGGUUUUAAAGAUGAUUGUGAAUGGAUUCAAAGAUCUAGGGCUUCCAUUGAUGAAUAUCGUUAAGCUUAGAGGAACACCGAUUUUGCAGCAAUUGGUUUUAGAAGAAAGGCUACUUAGAUCUUCUUUUGAGAAUUGGUGUAUCAUCAACGACGGAACCAAUGUUCCUACAAUUGUCAUGGGGAUGUCAGGGAAGCCUUGUGAACUUGUUGAGCUUGAACCUGUUGUGAAAGAUGGGAUUCCUGUUAUUAAGAGAUUUACUGGUGGAGGAACUGUGAUUGUUGAUGAAAGUACUGUUUUUGUGAGUUUGAUUUGCAAUAGAGAUGAUGUUCCUAAUGUUCAGCCUUAUCCACGCUCUGUUAUGGCUUGGAGUGGUUCCUUGUAUAGCCAUGUGUUCAACGGGAUCAGCGGGUUUCAGCUGCGUGAGAACGAUUAUGUUUUCGGUGAUCGUAAGUUUGGUGGAAAUGCUCAAUCGAUAACGAGGAAUAGAUGGAUUCACCAUACAUCGUUUUUAUGGGACUAUAAUGAGAAUAACAUGGCUUAUCUUAAGCUGCCUUCAAGAGUGCCUCAGUACCGUCUGGAAAGAGAUCACACAGAUUUCGUUUGUAGAAUGAAGGAUUAUAUUGAACGAUCUGUGUUUAUAGAGAAAACUAUAAAUGCAGUGGGAACACAGUUUUUGUUGAAGGAACUGAGCUUGGAUGAGAUUGAUGAUUCCCGUAGAGAGCAUUUAGAAUCCACUAGACUCCUCACAAUGGAUGAGCUCAAAGAAUCAUUGGCAAACACUAGUCGGAUUAAGAGUAUUGCUCAAGCUGUUUAAGUUUUUGCCUUUUGUGGAAAUGUUGGAUUUCCAGAAUCUUAGACUCUUAGAUUCCUUUGUAUUUAGGAUUUCAGUUUUACAUAGGAGCUUAGAAAUUCUUGUGAUAGAUGUACUCUUUGUGUUUAACUGGAAGUUCGAAAAAUAGAAAAACAAACACUUUAUUUA